AUGGCCGGAGACAGAGACAGAGACGGAGGAACGGCGGCGGGAGAGAUAAGGAAAGGGCCGUGGAAGGCGGAGGAAGAUGAAGUCCUCGUAAACCACGUGAAGAAGUAUGGCCCCCGAGAUUGGAGCUCCAUUCGAUCCAAAGGCCUCUUGCACCGCACCGGCAAGUCCUGCCGCCUCCGGUGGGUCAACAAGCUCCGACCCAACUUGAAACAUGGGGUGAAGUUUUCUAUGGAGGAGGAGAGGGUGGUGAUAGAACUGCAGGCGCAAUUCGGGAACAAAUGGGCGAGAAUCGCGACUUACUUGCCGGGAAGGACCGACAACGAUGUCAAGAAUUUCUGGAGCAGCCGGCAGAAGAGGCUGGCCAGGAUUCUGCAGACUGCUCCUCCCAGACCCCAACCCACGCCCAUCAUCACUAGGGAAGCUCCUGUCUUCCAUGCUGUUCCAAUUGAGGCGCCAAAGUUUACUUCUUCGGCUGAGGAAGAACCAUCCUGCACAAAACUUCAGCCCUGUUCAUCAUCCUCAUCAUCCUAUGAAAUGAUGAAGAUGGUGCCACUGCCGGAAUUGGUGAAUAUGAACCCCAACUUGCUUAAUUAUGACACGACCACCGUUGCUCAACUGGAGUUCAAUCCAAGCAUGGAUCAGUCCCUGGCCCAAUCCCAAAUCCUUUUUCCGGAUCAGUUCCCAGAACCACCGCAGCAAGACCUUGCAUUUUCGCAGGAGAGCCAAGAGCUGAUGGCGAGGCUGGAGGACCCCUGCUUCUUGGAUGUGUUUGGAGGGAGGGAUUCCGAGGAACUCGGAAACGAAGGGAGGCUCAGUUUCUUUACAGUGCCGUCGGAAGAAAUGGGGUGCUGUGAGAAUGGGGGGAAGAAGGUGAAAGAGGAGAAGCUGAUGACUCCGGACAGCUUCUUUGAUGAUUUUCCCACGGACGUGUUUGACCACAUUGAGCCGCUUCUCAGCCCUUCAGAGUGGUAAAUGCUGAUGCUUUUGUUUUGUCCGUGUAGGUGUAGGGAAAAAAUGAACUCU